AUUCGGAUAAUUUCUCAUUGAAGCUGUCUGCGAAAUACCACUGCUAUUAAGCUGCACGUAUUAUAUAAUAAACAGGCUAUGAAGUACCCGGCCGCGUAUCAGCUAGGUCAGUUCAGUCGUCAAAGCGAGUCGACGAAAGAAAAGCCAACCAGCACGCUCUGAGCUACCCCUAGGACCCUGUCAGACCGAACAACGGUGAGAGAUCAUCGAUCGGAGGCGAAUCCACGGCAGAAAGGUCCGAAUCGACGACAAGGAAUCAUCGCCUUGGUAACCAGCGGCAAAACAACGAGACGUGGACACGAUACGUGGAAGAACCGCGGCGAAUCUCUAUCCUCUAUAUGGAUUUUUCGGUCCAAUUCGAUUCACGUCUAGGAAGACGUUGAUCUCUGUGCUCGACAUCGGCUUUUUUCUUCUGUCUGACAUGACAGUUCUGGAGGAUCUCGACUCGAGGCCUCGGGCAUUCAGCAGCUGACGGCAACCAGGCGAUCGUACAUCCGGAGAAAAGCGCUCAACGCUUGGGCAAAGAUGGAUACCGGGUUCUCCUGGAUCGUCUCUAUCGGCUUGAUCGCGCUCGUCGUUUCCGAAGGAUGGGCCAUCGAUUGUUUCAAAUGCGUGUCGAUCGACGGCGACAAUAAGCCCUGCGACGAUCCAUUCCACAACAACGGAAGUCUCGCCUUCUUAGAGUCGCCCUGCUUAGGAGGUCGCAAAGGGCGCGAUGGUCUUUUCCCCGCGACUGCGUGCAUCAAAAUAGCGGGCAUAUAUGAUGAAUCCGGGAUCUCUUUGACGGUGAGGAGCUGCGCGCUGGACAGCGGAACCCUGACGACCGACUCGGAAAUCAUAAGAAUGUCUCACUGCGGAGGGUUCUACUUCGACGACAAGUACGUUCGAGGUUGCGUACAGUCUUGCAACGAUGCGGAUGCCUGCAAUGGAUCCAAGCGACGAGCAGUUUCACUCGUGCUUUUAACUCUAUCGAUUUUUGUCGGACUAAUUUGGCUCGGAUGUCCCACGUAAAGCUCGCGUUAAUUAAAAUCACAGACAAUUAUUGUACAUAUAUAUUAAAAGGGA